AUGGGAGAACCCAAUGAACCCACCACCAAGGUGCUUUCUGAAGCCCAGCUGAGGGCCCAGGCUAAGAGACAGGAGAAGCUGGCCAGGCGCAAAGUGUAUGGGGACCUACUUGUCCAAGGCACUAACGACUCUUCCAUCGUCUCCAAGAGGUCUGUAGAGAGACUUUAUGGCAGCGUGAUAGCAGCAGCCAAUGGAAAGAAAGCUCCUGAAUACUUCAAGCCGUUUGUCAGAAAGCCUCAGCGAAGAUCUCCGGUCAUCAACCGAGGAUAUUGGAUCAGAGUACAGGCGAUAAGCAGGAUCUUAGAUGAGAUUGCAUCGAAAUCUGCAGACGGCACGAUCAUCAUAAACUUAGGCUGUGGGUACGAUCCGUUGCCCUUUGAACGUAUUGAUAAUGCCGAAAAUGUGUUUUGUAUCGAUGUUGAUUAUCCCGAGUUGAUCAAGAACAAAACGCACAUGAUCACUAGCUCGCCUGAGAUACUGGAGAUCAUUGGACCGAAAGUUUCGCCCAAGCAUCCGGCAAUUGGCAUCCAGACUGAAAGAUAUGCUGCGGUAGGUUGUGAUCUGCGUGAUCUAAAACUUUUCAAGGAGGUGCUCAGCUCAUUGGGUGUAUAUGAAAGCAACACAACCAGCAUCUUCGUUGCAGAGGUAUCUCUGGCAUACAUGCUGCCAGAAUUUGCAGAUCCAGUCAUUGCUGAGACAUCAGCUGUUGCCAAGUCCCAUUUUGUCCUAUUGGAGCAAAUCAUGCCUGCCGGAAAAGACCAUCCCUUUGCGAGAACCAUGCUCAAGCAUUUCAACAAAAUCGGCACUCCUCUUGGAUGUGUUUCCAAAUACCACAACACCGAGCUGCAGGAACAGAGAUUUAGAGAUCUCGGAUUUUUGUUCGUGAAGUCGACAGACUUGUGGACAUCCUGGAAGGAAACAGACGCAAAGACGAAACAUCUUAUUGAGACCAUUGAGGGGUUUGAUGAGUGGGAGGAGUUCUUGCUAUUUUGUCAACACUAUGUUGUUCUUCAUGCAAGUGUCUCGGAGAUAACCGAGGAAACAAUUCCGAAGGUCUUUAAAAAUGAGAAUUCACUUCAAAUUGGAGCCUUACAGGAUGAUCAACAUGUGCUUAAGAAGUUCCUGGCUGGUGCUGCCAUUGACGAAAAUUCUGGUGAUUUCGUUUUGGUUGGAGGAACAGAUACGCAGAGAACUAACAAUGCCAAUCUUCUCACUUUGGACAAAGAUUCUGACUUGAACAUCAUUUCUCACAAACUUCCUGCAAGAAUGUGUCAUUCGUGCGUCAAUGUUGGGGACGGCGAGAUGCUGCUUUUAGGUGGAAGAACUGCUCCUCACAAAUUAAUGAGUGACUCUUGGAGAUUGAAAUCGUCCAAGAACAAAAUAUACAAGUGGAUUAAAGACACUGACAUGCCUUUUCCAAGAUCACGCAUGGCCGUUUCGAAGGUGGGAAAAGACGAGGUGCUGGUUUUUGGCGGACUCGAAGAAAAUUCAAGCCAGUCUGCAUUCAUGGUAUACAAUAUAGAGUUACAUGAGUGGACCCCACUAACUUGUGACAAAAAAAUAAUCAGCAGGGAAGGUGCUGCAAUGUGUUUGAACGGCAAUACAGGUAUAGUCAUUGGUGGAAUGGUUGAUGGAGCCAUUUGUCCUACGGCAUUUUCGUUCAAAUACUCCAAGAAUGAUAGAAAAAUUGAGGUCAUUGAUCAUGUUGAGAAUGUGGCAUUUGCGAGAUAUGGUUCGAAGGCCAUUUAUUUGGCUGAUGACCAGACACUAGUUAUCGGAGGUGUUUCGAACGACCAUGUCCUGGGGCAGACGGAUACCGUCAUUAGCGUCUCUUUUGAUCUUGCCAAAACUACGAAUAGACCAAUUCCUGACUCAUUCUACAAGGAAUGCCCAAUGCUGGUUGGAAAUGAAAUAUUUGAGAGAGACAAUGUUGUUUACUCCAUUGGUGGUGGAGCCGUGUGUUUUUCGUUUGGAUCGGUUUGGAAUGGACUUUCCAAGUUUUCCUUGAAAAUAUCCAAAUCGUUCAAUUGGGAGCUGAAGUCUGAGAAUGUUUUUGAAGAGAAAAAGGAACAGAAAACACACUACUCGGAGAGGUCAGAGACUUCAAUUGAAACCGUCUCUUCCAUUACAGUCUCCUCAUGGAAGAAUAUACAGCGGAAUAAUAUUCCUGUAUUGAUCAAGACUGUGAAUCUAGGAAGCUGUAUUUCCAAAUGGAAAAAUCCUGCUUAUCUGAAGUCCAAAGUGGGCCAACAAAAUGUGGUGGUUCACGAGAGCUCGGAUCAUCAGCUCAACUUUCAAAAGAAGAAUUUCAAUUACGCAACGGUUCCGUUUGGAGAUUUCGUUGAUAACGUGUUUGGCAAGUCUGAUAAGAAAUAUUAUUUGAGAGCUCUCAAUAACCAAGAACCAAAAGAGAAGGCUGCGAAAUUCGUCGAGGACUUCCCAAUGCUGGCUGAUGACUUCCAACUACCCGACUGCUUUGAGGAUGUGAUAUCCAACCAACACUCUUCCCCUUUGCGAAUCGCAUCCCCAGGAACAUCCAUAUGGCUUCAUUACGAUGUUACGGCAAAUAUUCUUUGUCAGAUUGUUGGCACCAAAAAAAUUAGACUCUUUGCUCCAUCUAGUGUUGACCAAUUGGCGUUCCCUGCAGGUGCAUCAUCUUCAACCAUUAACAACAUUUUUACGGAGCCCUCAAACGAAACAGCAUAUACCUGCACCAUGGAACCUGGAGAUAUCUUGUUCAUUCCUCGACUAUGGUUGCAUGCAACGAAUCCUGAAAAGCCUUCUAUUUCUCUGAACUUCUUCUGGAAAGAUCUGGAAAAUGCUCUCUAUGCUGCAGGCAAGGACGUUUACGGGAACAGAGACAUUGCGGCUUACGAGAACGGCAGACAUGCAGUCCAGAGGGUCAAGUCUUUAUUUGAUAAUGUUCCCGAAGAUGUGAGAGAAUUUUAUCUGAAGAGAUUGGCUGAAGAGAUGUUGAAAUGA